GAUGAUAGUGGUGCACAUUUUGCUGAUCGGUUGUUUUAUAAACAUAUAUUUUCAAUCGACUAUUUUGGAGGAGCUUGAGCCCCAGAAGACACUGCCUGAGUUUGGGCUGAGACCGCCGGCAGAUCGAUUGGUGGUAUUCCUGAUCGAUGGUCUUCGGGCAGAGUCGUUCUUUGCAAAUAGCUGCAGAGAAGUGCCGCACCUCCAGAAACUUUUCUUGAAUCAAGGUGUGGUCGGAAUUUCGCGAGGCUGCGCACCAACAAUGACCCGACCCGGACACAUUGCCAUCUUCGCUGGCUUCAAUGAAGAUCCCCAAGCGGCCAUUACCAAUUUCGAGUGGAAUCCGACACGCUUUGACUCCAUAUUUAAUCGUAGUCGCCAUGCCAUCGGAUGGCUCGAUAAAACAGUGUCCGAUUUCUUCGCGCGGUCCGUUGGUGCGCCAGUGAGAUUCGAAACGUACAGAUAUUCGGAUUUCAGUAGAAGAUUUAAGACCGAUACCUGGGUUUACAACAAGGCCCGUGAGUUUCUUACCAACAACGAGAGCAUCAGAGAGUUGCAAAACGCAACAGCGGUGGUAUUUUUGGUUUAUCUAUUGGAUAUUGAUAAGGCUGGCCAUGUGUUCACACCACUUCACCGCGAGUACCGGAAGAGGCUUUAUUUGACGCAGAAGAGGAUUCGGGAGACGUACGAUCUCUUUGAGAGUGCAUUCAACAACAGUCGCACGGCCUAUCUGAUGACCUCGGAUCAUGGCAUGUCAGAUGUUGGCCACCAUGGCGGGGGAUCUGAUAUGGAAAUAGAAAUGCCCUUCUUCUUUUGGGGAGCCGGAGUCAAGCACCUGGGACCGCCUGGGUCCCAGCUGAACUUCACUGCCAAUGCACAUGGACUUCAGAUGCCUCUGCAAGAGCUGGAGCAGAUCCAGCUGGCGCCGCUGAUGUCGGCCUUAAUAGGCCUGCCGCCGCCCACUAACAAUAGGGCCCCGUUACCGCUGGGCUAUCUCAAUGUGAGCGAAGAGUACGAGCGGCAGGCGUUGUUCUUGAAUGUCCUGCAGUUCAUGGCCCAGGCGGAGGUCAUGAUACGCCGCCAUGAGCAAAGCUUCUUCCACAAAUGGCUGCCGAAAUAUAAGCACCUGGACUCGAGGCGAAUCGCCAGCCUUCCCUCUGAAGUGAAUCGCCUAGUGGCAGCGGGCCACGACAGGAAAGCAGUAAAACUACUCAGGCAAGCGUCCUGGCAGGCCCGAGAGUGCCUGGAUUUUUAUCAGAGCUACUAUAACAUUCCGCUACUUGUGGCCUUAGCUGCAUCGUAUUUUGGCCUGUUCUACUGCCUGACUGUCAUGCUGACACGCGAAUGCACAGAGAACAAACAGCGGAAGAAGGGACUCGUAACAUGGAUGACUCUUCUGAUGGCCGUACUGGGACUGGUGCUCGGAUAUGUAUUGUUUCUGCAGAGGGUGCCCUGGUACACGGAGUUUUACCUGCUGUUGCCCAUAGGCAUUUGGACGAUGGCACUAGCCGAACGGCCGCUGCAUGGUAAAUCCAUACCUUUUCCGCUUACACUUUUCAUCUGGACAGUGAUUCCCGCUGGAUUGGUUAUAACGACAUCCUUUACGAGCACCCAUGUGGGGCUGCUGUAUGCAGCCGUCGUGUGUGGCUACAAUCGGCGCGGCUUCCUUCGGCCUACGGGGAAAUUCUUUAUAUGGUUGACAGCCAUGCUGUUACCAAGUGCAUUUCUAGUUGUCACGCAAAACUUCAGCUUGGAAUGGAUAUUAGAUGCUAUUGACCUAGACCUCGAGAGCUAUGUCCUAGCGUUCAGCAUGUUUCUGGCAGUGCUCCUUCCAUGGAUAUUGGGACAUAAAUUUGUGGAGCACGUUUGGAUGAUCAAUUCAGGAAUUCUACUGAUGGGAGUCUAUGGAACUUACCUCUACGAGAAUAACCUCGAAAUUAAUCUCUUUCUGCGGACUGCUUUCUGGGCUUUCCUUGCCUAUGCCUUCGUAUCGUUGCCAUACAGCAAAGAGAAAACCGCUAGAAAACGAUUUCAUUUGAUUACCUUCAACCUGGUGGCAGUUCAUGCACUGCUCUGCGUUUCAACGGGGUCGCUCUUCCUCCAAAUGAUGAUAACCGAGUUUCUGCUUCGGCAGCAAAUUCACGACAAGGUUACAAAAAAACCGAAAAAUGAGAUUCGGGAACCACUAGAUCGCCUGAAGCUAAACUAUCACUACGCCGUCUUGAUUCUGUUUUACUUCUUCGUAUCAUUCUUUGGAUCCGGACACUGGGCAUUAGGCUUCGCCUUCAGAGCAACAACUGGACGACUGCUAAUAUCCAGCUUUACUCCAUUUAUAAUAACCAUUCUCAUCAUAGCCAAGAUAAUGAUUCCAUCCAUUAUUUUCAUCUCAGGGAUAUACACUCUUUCGCCGUAUGCCCGUAUGAAUACACGUGCUAUUUUCAACUGUAUGUUCUUGAUUAGCGAUGCCAUGGGCUUGUUUUUCUGUUUAUAUAUUCAAAACAGUGGCAACUGGCGCCAAGUUCGCCGAUCACUCGAUCACGUCCUAUUGACAAACCUUGUUGUGAUCCUGUUGCUGGCCUCUUCGUGUUUAACCAAGACCUUCCAUAUGCCAAUUAAGCGAGCUAAGCCGGAAAGCAUUACGGAAGUAAAUGGAGGAGACGUGAUUGUCCUUACGUGUGCAGGGUCUGCUGAAGAGAGUAAGGCUGAGGGGGUUUCUUUCGUCUAAUGCAUCAAAGUUCCUGUUAAAAUAAAUUACGUUUUAUUGGUUUGGUUUUCUUCAAUUACU